GGGUGGGGGGGCAGGCGGCCGCCAUCUUCUCGCCGAGGCCGCCUCGCCCGCCGCGCGCGCCCGUCCGGCCGCGCACGGGUUAAGGCUGGCACCGCGCCCGGCGGGAGGGGGGGCGCCCACCUCCCCUCCCCCCCGCGCCGGGCAUGCGGGGCCCGCUGGGCACCGAGGAGGAGCUGCCGCGGCUGUUCGCGGACGAGAUGGAGAACGAGGACGAGAUGUCAGAGGAAGAAGAUGGUGGCCUUGGAGGCUUUGACGACUACUUCCCUGAGGAGCCCGUAGGCCUUCCCAAGAAGAAGAAAUCUAAGAAGCUCAAGGAGAACCGGUCCAAAGGGAAACGGAAGAAGAAAGAGGGAAGCAACGAUGAGCUCUCCGAAAACGAAGAGGAUCUGGAAGAGAAGUCAGAGAGUGAGGGCAGCGACUACUCCCCUAAUAAAAAGAAGAAGAAAAAGCUCAAGGACAAGAAGGAGAAAAAAGCCAAGCGAAAAAGGAAGGAUGAUGAGGAGGAUGAUAAUGACGACGGGUGUCUGAAGGAGCCCAAGUCCUCGGGGCAGCUGAUGGCCGAGUGGGGCCUGGAUGACGUGGAGUACCUGUUCUCGGAGGCCGACUACCGCACGCUGACCAACUACAAGGCCUUCAGCCAGUUCCUCAGGCCCCUCAUCGCCAAAAAGAACCCGAAGAUCCCCAUGUCCAAAAUGAUGACGGUGCUGGGAGCCAAGUGGCGGGAGUUCAGCGCCAACAAUCCUUUCAAGGGGAGCUCGGCAGCGGCCGCGGCGGCGGCCGUGGCCGCGGCCGUGGAGACCGUCGCCAUUGCCCCUCCACUGGCUGUCAGUCCCCAGCAGGUGCCCCAGCCUGUACCUAUCCGCAAGGCCAAGACCAAGGAGGGCAAGGGGCCAGGAGUGAGGAAGAAGAUCAAAGGCUCCAAGGAUGCCAAGAAGAAGGGCAAGGGGAGAAAGGUGGCCGGGCUCAAGUUCCGCUUUGGAGGGAUCAGCAACAAGAGGAAGAAAGGCUCCUCGAGCGAGGAGGACGAGCGGGAGGAGUCGGACUUCGACAGCGCCAGCAUCCACAGCUCCUCCGUGCGCUCCGAGGGCUCCGCCGCCCUGGGGAAGAAGAGCAAGAGGCGUCGCAAGAAGAGGAGGAUUGACGACGGGGAUGGCUACGAGACGGACCACCAGGACUACUGCGAGGUGUGCCAGCAGGGCGGGGAGAUCAUCCUGUGUGACACCUGUCCGCGAGCCUACCACCUCGUCUGCCUUGACCCAGAGCUGGAGAAGGCUCCGGAGGGCAAGUGGAGCUGUCCCCACUGUGAGAAGGAGGGCAUCCAGUGGGAGCCCAAGGACGACGACGACGACGAGGAGGAGGGCGGCUGUGAGGAGGAGGAGGACGACCACAUGGAGUUCUGCCGCGUGUGCAAGGACGGCGGCGAGCUGCUCUGCUGCGACGCGUGCCCCUCCUCCUACCACCUGCACUGCCUCAACCCGCCGCUGCCCGAGAUCCCAAACGGUGAAUGGCUCUGCCCGCGCUGUACUUGCCCCCCUCUGAAGGGCAAAGUCCAGCGGAUCCUACACUGGAGGUGGACGGAGCCCCCUGCCCCCUUCAUGGUGGGGCUGCCGGGGCCCGACGUGGAGCCCGGUGUCCCCCCACCCAAGCCCCUGGAGGGCAUUCCGGAGAGAGAGUUCUUUGUCAAGUGGGCGGGGCUCUCCUACUGGCACUGCUCCUGGGUGAAGGAGCUACAGCUGGAGCUCUACCACACGGUGAUGUACCGCAACUACCAAAGAAAGAACGACAUGGACGAGCCGCCGCCCUUUGACUACGGCUCGGGCGAUGAGGACGGCAAGAGCGAGAAGCGGAAGAACAAGGACCCUCUGUACGCCAAGACGGAGGAGCGCUUCUACCGCUACGGCAUCAAGCCUGAGUGGAUGAUGAUCCACCGCAUCCUGAACCACAGCUUCGACAAGAAGGGGGACGUGCACUACCUGAUCAAGUGGAAAGACCUGCCCUACGACCAGUGCACCUGGGAGAUUGACGACAUCGACAUCCCGUACUAUGACAACCUGAAGCAGGCCUACUGGGGCCACAGGGAGCUGAUGCUGGGUGAAGACGCCAGGCUCCCCAAGAGACUGGUCAAGAAGGGCAAGAAGCUAAAGGACGAUAAGCAGGAGAAGCCGCCGGACACACCCAUUGUGGAUCCCACAGUCAAGUUCGACAAGCAGCCUUGGUACAUUGACUCCACGGGCGGCACGCUGCACCCGUACCAGCUGGAGGGCCUCAACUGGCUGCGCUUCUCCUGGGCCCAGGGCACGGACACCAUCUUGGCCGACGAGAUGGGUUUGGGCAAGACCGUGCAGACCAUCGUCUUCCUCUACUCACUGUACAAGGAGGGGCACUCCAAGGGACCCUACCUGGUCAGUGCACCCUUGUCCACCAUCAUCAACUGGGAACGUGAGUUUGAGAUGUGGGCACCCGACUUCUAUGUGGUCACCUACACGGGGGACAAGGAGAGCCGCUCCGUAAUCCGGGAGAAUGAGUUUUCUUUUGAGGACAAUGCCAUUCGGAGCGGGAAGAAGGUGUUCCGUAUGAAGAAAGAAGUGCAGAUCAAAUUCCACGUCCUGCUCACCUCCUACGAGCUCAUCACCAUCGACCAGGCCAUCCUGGGCUCCAUCGAGUGGGCCUGCCUCGUGGUGGACGAGGCCCAUCGGCUGAAGAACAACCAGUCCAAGUUCUUCAGGGUCUUGAACAGCUACAAGAUCGACUACAAGCUCCUGCUGACGGGGACCCCCCUUCAGAACAACCUGGAGGAGCUCUUCCACCUCCUCAACUUCCUGACUCCGGAGCGGUUCAACAAUCUGGAGGGCUUCCUGGAGGAAUUCGCCGAUAUCUCCAAGGAAGACCAGAUCAAGAAGCUCCACGACCUGCUGGGGCCGCACAUGCUGAGGCGGCUUAAGGCUGACGUGUUCAAGAACAUGCCAGCCAAGACCGAGCUGAUCGUUCGUGUGGAGCUAAGCCAGAUGCAGAAGAAAUACUACAAGUUCAUCCUCACGCGGAACUUCGAAGCGCUCAACUCCAAGGGCGGGGGGAACCAGGUGUCGCUGCUCAACAUCAUGAUGGAUCUGAAGAAGUGUUGCAACCACCCCUACCUCUUCCCCGUGGCUGCCGUGGAGGCCCCCGUCUUGCCCAACGGCUCCUACGACGGCAGCUCGCUGGUCAAGUCCUCGGGCAAGCUCAUGCUGCUGCAGAAGAUGCUGAAGAAGCUGCGGGACGAAGGGCACCGGGUGCUCAUCUUCUCCCAGAUGACCAAGAUGCUGGACCUUCUGGAGGACUUCCUGGAGUACGAGGGCUACAAGUAUGAGCGCAUUGAUGGUGGCAUCACUGGAGGCCUCCGACAAGAGGCGAUCGACAGAUUCAACGCCCCUGGGGCGCAGCAGUUCUGCUUCCUUCUCUCGACCCGAGCGGGGGGCCUGGGCAUCAACCUGGCCACAGCAGACACCGUCAUCAUCUACGACUCGGACUGGAAUCCACACAAUGACAUCCAGGCCUUCAGCCGCGCCCACCGCAUCGGGCAGAACAAGAAGGUGAUGAUCUACCGCUUUGUGACGCGGGCCUCGGUGGAGGAGCGCAUCACGCAGGUGGCCAAGCGGAAGAUGAUGCUGACCCACCUGGUGGUGCGGCCCGGCCUCGGCUCCAAGUCCGGCUCCAUGACCAAGCAGGAGCUGGACGACAUCCUCAAGUUUGGCACCGAGGAGCUCUUCAAGGACGACGUGGAGGGCAUGAUGUCUCAGGGCCAGAGGCCUGUCACGCCCAUCCCUGAUGUCCAGUCCUCCAAAGGGGGAGCCUUGGCUGCCAGCGCCAAGAAGAAGCACGGCAGCACCCCGCCAGGCGACAACAAGGACGUGGAGGACAGCAGCGUGAUCCACUACGACGACGCGGCCAUCUCCAAGCUGCUGGACCGGAACCAGGACGCCACGGACGACACGGAGCUGCAGAAUAUGAACGAGUACCUGAGCUCCUUCAAGGUGGCGCAGUACGUGGUGCGGGAGGAGGACGGCGUGGAGGAGGUGGAGCGGGAGAUCAUCAAGCAGGAGGAGAACGUGGACCCCGACUACUGGGAGAAGCUGCUGCGGCACCAUUAUGAGCAGCAGCAGGAGGACCUGGCCCGCAACCUGGGCAAGGGCAAGCGCAUCCGCAAGCAGGUCAACUACAACGACGCCUCCCAGGAGGACCAGGAGUGGCAGGACGAGCUCUCGGAUAACCAGUCUGAAUACUCCAUUGGCUCCGAGGAUGAGGACGAGGACUUUGAGGAAAGGCCGGAGGGGCAGAGUGGACGGCGACAAUCCCGGAGGCAGCUGAAGAGCGACAGGGACAAGCCCCUGCCACCUCUUCUCGCCCGUGUGGGUGGCAAUAUCGAGGUGCUGGGCUUCAACGCCCGGCAGCGGAAGGCCUUUCUGAACGCCAUCAUGCGCUGGGGUAUGCCGCCCCAGGACGCCUUCAACUCCCACUGGCUGGUGCGGGACCUACGCGGGAAGAGCGAGAAGGAAUUUAGAGCCUAUGUGUCCCUCUUCAUGCGGCACCUGUGUGAGCCGGGGGCUGACGGCGCAGAGACCUUCGCGGACGGCGUGCCCCGUGAGGGCCUCUCAAGGCAGCACGUGCUCACCCGCAUCGGGGUCAUGUCUCUAGUUAGGAAGAAGGUUCAGGAGUUUGAGCACGUUAACGGGAAGUACAGCACCCCGGACUUGAUCCCCGAAGGGCCCGAGGGCAAGAAGCCAAGCGAGGUCAUCUCCUCCGACCCCAACACGCCCGUGCCCGCCAGCCCUGCCCACCUCCUCCCGGCACUGGGCCUGCCAGACAAAAUGGAAGCCCAGCUGGGCUACAUGGACGAGAAGGAGCUGGGGGUUCAGAAGCCAAAGAAGCCCCCAGAAAUCCAGGCCCUGCCGGCUUCCCUGGACAGAGUGGAGGUCGAGGACAAGCACGAGGGCUCGGAUGGCAAGGAGCGGCUGGAGGAGACGGAGAAGGCCCCGCCGUCCCCAGAGCAGCUGCCAAAAGAAGAAGUGCUUCCCGAGAAGGAGAAAAUUCUGGACAAGCUGGAGCUAAGCUUGAUUCACAGCAGAGGGGAUGGCAAUGAUUUCAAGCCAGAGGACACCAAAGUGGAGGAGAAGGAGCCCCUUGAAACACAGCAAAAUGGCGACAAAGAGGAAGAUGAGGAGGGGAAGAAGGAUGACAAGAAUGGGAAGUUCAAGUUCAUGUUCAACAUCGCAGACGGGGGCUUCACAGAGUUGCACACACUGUGGCAGAAUGAGGAACGUGCCGCCGUGUCCUCGGGGAAAAUCUACGACAUCUGGCACCGGCGCCAUGACUACUGGCUGCUGGCGGGCAUCGUGACGCACGGCUACGCCCGCUGGCAGGACAUCCAGAAUGACCCGAGAUACAUGAUCCUCAAUGAGCCCUUCAAGUCCGAGAUCCACAAGGGCAACUACUUGGAGAUGAAGAACAAGUUUCUGGCCCGCAGGUUCAAGCUGCUGGAGCAGGCGUUGGUCAUCGAGGAGCAGCUCCGGAGGGCUGCAUACCUUAACAUGACCCAGGACCCCAACCACCCCGCCAUGGCCCUCAACGCCCGCCUGGCCGAGGUGGAGUGCCUUGCCGAGAGCCACCAGCACCUGUCCAAGGAGUCCCUUGCCGGGAACAAGCCAGCCAACGCCGUCCUGCACAAGGUCCUGAACCAGCUGGAGGAGCUGCUGAGCGACAUGAAGGCCGACGUGACGCGCCUGCCCUCCAUGCUGUCCCGAAUCCCCCCCGUGGCCGCCCGCCUCCAGAUGUCGGAGCGCAGCAUCCUGAGCCGCCUGACCAACCGGGCCGGCGACCCCACCAUCCAGCAGGGCGCUUUCGGCAACUCCCAGAUGUACAACAACAACUUUGGGCCCAACUUCCGGGGCCCCGGACCGGGAGGGAUUGUCAACUACAACCAGAUGCCGCUGGGGCCCUAUGUGACCGAUAUCUAGCUGUCCCUGCGCUGUCCCCCUGUCGCAGUGCUCAUUUCCAGCUGAGCCACGCCUGCCGGGCCACCUGCCCGACCCCCCCAGGAGAGAACAGCUGCUGCCUUUUUAGGAGCCAUGCCACCUUGGGACAGAAAGGGAUAUCGAGUCAUGCCAUCACACGGGGGACGAGGCCCAGCCUGGCUGGGCUGGAGCCCGGAAGUGCCGCCUCGCCACCGUGUCCGCGUCCCACCCAACAUCACACCCACCCCACAGCGGGACGUGCCCCUUGGCCACCUUUGCUGGAAAACUUCUUAGAGGAGAUUUCAUUUACUUGUACAUCUUUUGCACUUUCCUGUUGAAGACUUGAACGAGUCUGUCUUGAUGUAAGCGUUGAGUGACGGACGUACUGGAGGGGCCUGCCUGCAGCCCUCACGUCUCUCUGCCGGCGGGCUCCAGACCGCAAGGGAAGAGCCUGGAAACCCGGCUGCCGCCCCGAGGACCCAGCCCGCCCGGGGAGCCCUCCGGGUGCCCCCGCCCACCCCAUCCCGUCUAUGCGGCCUGACUGCCCAUGUUCUGCCCCGUCCCCCCCACCCCUUGGGGCUCCCCAGUGUUGGAUGGCUCAGGACUGGGGAGUGGCUGCCCAGCCCCCGGGUAGAGUUCUCGGCUGGUGUCCGGGGCUAGGGGUGUUUUCUCCCCACUUCUUGCCGGGGCCAGAGGCCCCCAGGUAUGUGCUAUCUGGGUAGGGGAGGACAGCCCAUCAGCAGUGUCUGUCCCUGGCCCAGCACGUCUUGCAGGCCCUGGACUUGUUAGCAGGUCACAGGGCCUGUGUCGCCUGCUGUGCUGCAUGGCAGGUCCCACGCGGCCUGUGCUGCUGGGAGGGAGGGAGGAUCCUGCGCAGGUCCCGCAGGGGCUGCGAGAGCCUUAGUCUCAGACUGCGGGAAGGGGCUUGCCCUCUGUUGGAAGGGGCCCGGGAAACCUGGUCCUGCCCUGUGCCCUGGGAGGCCCGUCACACCCCCUCUCUAGUUACACACUCCCUGUUCGGUCUUCCUGGCCACAGAUGCCAGGAAACUGGGCCAUGCCUUGGGGCCCGGACUUAGCCCUGUCCUCUUCUUGGAGGAGGCCCUGAUCUGGUCACAGCAGUGUUGUCAGAGGGCCUGGGGACAGCCGAGCUUGGAGGCCGGGGAAUGCCUGAUGGCUAUCCAGCCCUCCUGCCUCGUCUUCUCUGGGGAACCUCUACAGGCCCCCUUCCUGCACUCAGCUGGUGGUCUCCCGCGAGGGCCCCUGCUGGGGGGGAGCUGUGGGCCAGGCCCUGGGCCUGUGUCCGAUGUCUCCUCUGCCUGCCUCAGACUGGAAGGGUUUUCCCUUCCAAGCUUUCUGGGAGUAGGGGUUCCUGGGGAAGUGUCCUGGCUACAGAAAUCCAGGAGGGGCCAAGAUUCGGGGGCUUGUCUGAGGGCCUCUUGGGCAAUUAGCCAGCCCUCUGGGGUCCCGGGUGUCCUCUGUAAAUGGCUCUCUCCAAACCCCUUGAUGGCUGGACCCCAAAGCCUUUUCAUCUUGGUGUCCCCCCGCUUCAGUCUCAUAACCUCUAAGGCUGAGUCGGCCCCAGCCCCGUGGGCAGAGUCCUGAGGAUGGCCCACAGGUUUCCAGGUCGUGUGUGCCGCAGUGCUGGCCCCGCCUUCUGGGGCAAGCCUGCCCCAGUCCCUUGGGGUUCCUGCGGUGCCUCCCUGCACAGGCUUCUCGCUCAGGCCACAGGCAAGGUGACCGCAUGAGCCCUCUCCCAACCCAGAGCCCUGAGACAUUCCCCUCCCAGACCUCUGGGUAGCCGGGCAGCUGGCCUCACUGGGGACAGUGCUGGCCUCCCCCGGCCACAGUGACUGGGUCUUGAGUGUCCAGCCAGGAGCCCCCCAUCUCCACUGCCUUGCCCCAAGGGCCAGUGGUCCCCCCGCUGUCAGCCUCCCUCUGUCCCCCAUCUUUGCUCCCAUGCCAGGCCUUCCCCUGCUCUACUGGGUGUCUGCGACGGCCAGGUCUGGGGAGGGCUCAGCUCUCCAGGAUCAGCACCCGGAGGCCCCAGAGGGAGGCUUGGGGGUGUUGGGGAGUGGGUUUCCGGUUGGCUGGUUUGGGAGAGGAAAAUGGAUCUCAGACUGUUUUCUUGUUAGUUUAUCAGUUAUCUCCUGUCGCGAGUGGUGGCGGGGGGAGCGGGGCAUCCUCGGUCUUCGGCCUCUCUGGUUUGGUUUUUGCUGCUGGCACCAAGGAGGGGCUUUGAGCACAAGCAGACUCCUCCAGCGGCAGCCUGCGUUUUAGUUUCCAGCUACCCUAUUAUUUAAACCAGUGCUGAGUAGGCUUUGGGCCAUGGUUUCGGAAAGCAUCGCCUGCUGCGCUCACAGGUGACGAGGGGAGCUCGGGCUGGACCGGAAGGCCCCGCUCUCGCACGCGCCUGCCCUGGAAGUGCGUUCCCCGGGCAGGGACCCUGCCUGCAAGCCACCUUUGGGGGCUCCUCCUCUUUCUGCAGGUUGCGACCGAGGUCCUGCUGACACCCGCAGCUGGUGCAGGUGCCUCCUCCUGCUCUUCAGAGGUCCCUUUCUGGGGUCCUCUGGGCCCUCUCCGGUCCACACUGGUUGGCCACGUCGUGCUGCAGUGACACCAUAGCUCUUGCUCCCGUGUUGGGUCCCAGGGCACGAGAUGGUCAUGUAGGGGGUGGGCUCAGGGUAGGAGUGCCUCCAGAACUGGGAAGAGCAGGGCUCUGUCGGGGGGCGGGGGGGGCUGAGGUCUUGGCCUGGCCUUGAACUCUGGUCCCUCCACCCCCCGCCCCGCUGCGCCUGUCACUGUCCUGUACCCACCGUGGUCUCUGGCGAGGAAGCUGGCUCCUGCCCCAUUUUAUAUUUCUGCAAGUUUACAGGUCGUGGUGCAUCAGCCCAAAGUCAUUGGCGUUGUGUUUUGGGUUUUUUUUCUUAGUUUUCAGAUUUUUUUUAAACAAAAGUAUUUUUUUAGGUGAGAUAACCCAGAAAGGGCCCGUUGGGUGUGUGUGUAUGUCCCGAACCCCUGACAUGGAGAUGGGAGCCCCAGCCCCCCUUGGCUCCCGUGUGCUGGAAAUGAGGGAACGGUCCUAACCCCCUGUGCAUUGGGAGCGUGGGGGCAUGAGGGAGCAAGUCCGACCCCCUCGGAUGGCAUCUGGGCCAGCGAAGGGGGCCAGACCCCUGGCCCUGGGUAUAGCCCCAGGCCAGCAAAGGGACCAGGGGUUUUGGGGUGAGUUGGGAGGGUCCCAGCUGGGAGGGUCCCGGCUAAGGGGCUGGAGCUGGAAGCUGAGCCCCUGUGAGUGGCAGCCCGUCCGGUCCUUGGCAGGACACGUGGGCGGCCGGACAGGGAGGGACAGCGGCCGACACAGUCCCCUUUACUUUGUACUCUGUGUGUGUGUCUUGGUUUUCUGUGUUUUAAUAAAUCCUUUGGGAAAGGAUUCA